AUGGGUGGCCUGCGUCCAGGGGGGUUUGGGUGGUGGUCCCAGGGGCAUGCUCAGUGGUUCUCUUUUCUCUGGGGCACAGGCUCUGGGCGUGGGGAGGCUGAGACACGGGAGUGCAUCUACUACAACGCCAACUGGGAGCUGGAGCGCACCAACCAGAGCGGCCUGGAGCGCUGCGAGGGCGAGCAGGACAAGCGGCUGCACUGCUACGCCUCCUGGCGCAACAGCUCUGGCACCAUCGAGCUCGUGAAGAAGGGCUGCUGGCUAGAUGACUUCAACUGCUAUGAUAGGCAGGAGUGUGUGGCCACUGAGGAGAACCCCCAGGUGUACUUCUGCUGCUGUGAAGGCAACUUCUGCAACGAGCGCUUCACUCAUUUGCCAGAGGCUGGGGGCCCGGAAGUCACGUAUGAGCCACCUCCGACAGCCCCCACCCUGCUCACGGUGCUGGCCUACUCACUGCUGCCCAUUGGGGGCCUUUCCCUCAUUGUCCUGCUGGCCUUUUGGAUGUACCGGCAUCGCAAGCCCCCGUACGGUCACGUGGACAUCCAUGAGGACCCUGGGCCUCCACCCCCAUCCCCUCUGGUGGGCCUGAAGCCACUGCAGCUGCUGGAGAUCAAGGCUCGGGGGCGCUUUGGCUGUGUCUGGAAGGCCCAGCUCAUGAAUGACUUUGUAGCUGUCAAGAUCUUCCCACUCCAGGACAAGCAGUCGUGGCAGAGUGAACGGGAGAUCUUCAGCACACCUGGCAUGAAGCACGAGAACCUGCUACAGUUCAUUGCUGCCGAGAAGCGAGGCUCCAACCUCGAAGUAGAGCUGUGGCUCAUCACGGCCUUCCACGACAAGGGCUCCCUCACGGAUUACCUCAAGGGGAACAUCAUCACAUGGAACGAACUGUGUCAUGUAGCAGAGACGAUGUCGCGAGGCCUCUCAUACCUGCAUGAGGACGUGCCCUGGUGCCGUGGCGAGGGCCACAAGCCGUCUAUUGCCCACAGGGACUUUAAAAGUAAGAAUGUAUUGCUGAAGAGCGACCUCACAGCCGUGCUGGCUGACUUUGGCUUGGCUGUUCGAUUUGAGCCAGGGAAACCUCCAGGGGACACCCACGGACAGGUAGGCACGAGACGGUACAUGGCUCCUGAGGUGCUCGAGGGAGCCAUCAACUUCCAGAGAGAUGCCUUCCUGCGCAUUGACAUGUAUGCCAUGGGGCUGGUGCUGUGGGAGCUUGUGUCUCGCUGCAAGGCUGCAGACGGACCCGUGGAUGAGUACAUGCUGCCCUUUGAGGAAGAGAUUGGCCAGCACCCUUCGUUGGAGGAGCUGCAGGAGGUGGUGGUGCACAAGAAGAUGAGGCCCACCAUUAAGGAUCACUGGUUGAAACACCCGGGCCUGGCCCAGCUUUGUGUGACCAUCGAGGAGUGCUGGGACCAUGAUGCAGAGGCUCGCUUGUCUGCGGGCUGUGUGGAGGAGCGGGUGUCCCUGAUUCGGAGGUCGGUCAACGGCACUACCUCGGACUGUCUCGUUUCCCUGGUGACCUCUGUCACCAAUGUGGACCUGCCCCCUAAAGAGUCAAGCAUCUAAGCCCAGGACAUGAGUGUCUGUCCAGACUCAGUGGAUCUGAAGAAAAAAGGAAAAAAAGUUGUGUUUUGUUUUGGAAAUCCCAUAAAACCAACAAACACAUAAAAUGCA